GCACGCCUCACACUAUGCAGUUUGCUUUUAGUCGCUAAACGUUGUUCAGUAAUCAAGAGGACAUGGCUCGGAGCUCGUUGGAUACUUCAGCUGCAAUAACAGCAGAAGAGUCGCAAAAGUGCAUCGCCGACGGCAAGGAUUACAAUGCAUCUCCCAAGCCGUCAGGAUUACCUCUGUCCAGGAAGCUAUGUUAUGCGAUUGGAGGUGCCCCAUAUCAGAUGACAAACAACGCUAAGGGUUUCUUUUUGCAAAUUUUUCUGCUGGAUGUCGUUCAGAUGGGUGCGUUCCCCACCUCUCUCAUCCUUUUCCUUGGUCGAGCCUGGGAUGCCAUUUCUGACCCCCUGGUGGGAUACGUUGUUAGCAAAAGUCGAAAGACCCGUAUUGGAAAACUUAUUCCCUGGAUAGUGUUCUCCACACCCCUUGGGAUUGUCUCCUACGUUAUGCUCUGGUACACACCUCAGAAAACCAUGUCUCCAACAUUCAGCUUCACCUGGUACUUCACCAUGUGCUGCCUCUUCGAUACCUUCAUGAGUUGUUACCAUGUCCCUUACUCAUCCCUCAACAUGUUCCUAGGAGGGAACCAGAAAGACCGAGACUCAGCCACAGGAUACAGAAUGGGUGUAGAAGUGUUGUCCACGUUAGCUGGAGCAGGCAUUCAGGGUCAAAUUGUGGGGGUUUAUCACGCCAAGAAGGCCCACGCUUGCAGCCAGCUGAACUACAGUGAGACUUCACAGCACAACGUAUCUUCAGGCAUCAGUGAUACUCUACAGGAAAUAAGGAGGGCCUAUGUGAUUGCCGCUGUAAUCAUGGGGAUGCUGUACCUCCUGUGCUGCAUGGUGCUAUUCCUUGGUGUCAAAGAGCAGCUUGCUCCUCUCAGCACCCUGGACCGACUUCGUAUGCCAUACUUGACCUGCUUGAAAAUGGUGGUGAAUCACACCCCCUACACCUGGCUCGUUUUCGGGUUCCUUUUUUCGUCCCUGGCUUUUCAGAUGGCUCAGGGGAAUUUUGCUUUGUUCAAUACCCAUGUGGCUGGUCUGGGGGCUUAUUUCCAGCACCUUGCCCUCAUCCUGCUGAGUGCCUCUACACUGUCUAUUCCAGUGUGGCAGAUGCUGCUUCUGAGACUUGGCAAGAAGACCACUAUCUUUAUUGGACUGUCGAUAUACAUCCCAACUCUGAUCAUCAUUGCCUCUGUGAAGACCCACCUCCCAACCUACAUCCUCAUGUCCAUCCUAGCUGGAUCCAGUCUUGCAGCAUUAUACUUGCUUCCCUGGUCAAUGCUACCAGAUGUGGUUGAUGACUUCAAAGUGAAGCACCCAACCUGCAAGGACCUGGAGCCCAUGUUCUAUUCCUGCUUCGUGUUCUUCAAUAAAUUUGGAGGGGGCGUGUCAGUUGGGAUUUCCACCCUGGCUUUAUAUUUUGUCGGGUACGAGCCAGGUGCCUGCAAGCACAAUGACAGCGUGAUCUCCACGUUGCGGGUGCUGUUUGCUCCGGUCCCCAUUGUGCUUUUGCUGGUUGGGAUGCUGCUCUUUUACUUCUACCCCAUCAAUGAGGAGAGGCGCCAGCAGAUCCAGAGGGAGCUGGAAGAAGCCGUAAAGGGGAAUGCAAACCUUGAUGGAAUCAGCACUGAGGCCACCCCAAACCCGUCCAAAUCAAGCCCCAACUAGAAGCCUUUUUGCUGGGUUUUUCCAAAAGCAGACCUCUGUAAGCCAAAUGGAUGUGACGUGCCUUAGACAACAUGUAUGUCUCUCUCUGUGUAUUACAUAGUAAAUAUCAUUUGUAUAAUAUAACAUAAUGAAUGAUUUCGUAUGGUAUUUCCCAUAUACAGUCACGGAAAAAGAUAUCACAGUACAAUUUUUUGUUUCAGUCAUUUUUCAAUUUAUGUGUGAGUCCACAACUUUAUUCAACAAAAAUUACGGAGUUAUUUGUUACCCAUUGUUGAGGGUCACACCUGAAUUUAAAACAAUGGCCGUAAUUGUGCUUAUACAGCCACAUCUCUUAUAAAAAGUGGUUCUCAAUAUUUUUCUGCAAACUGCAGUCUGGUUCUUCCCUGUUUCUCAUUAAUGAAGGGCUUCUUCCUUGCUCUAUGGGACCUCAGUCCUGCUUCUAGGAGCCUGAUACAAACUGUCCUAGCAGUGCAUCUCAGACCUGCACUUAAUGUUUCCCGUUCCUUUUGAAGGUUACUUGAGGUCAAUUCAUGAAAAACAGCCAGAUAAGUUGACGGUCAUCUCUGGCAUUAGAAAGUUGCUUCUGCCCUUUACCUGGCUGGUUUCUGGUCGUUUCCGGUGUCUCCUGCUUCACCUUAUAUUUAUGUACUGUUGUCUUUAAACCUGAAAGCAGCCUGCUGCUCAGGGUAUCCUUCUUCCAGCAGAACCGCAAUUAAACCAGGAUUUAAAAAUUUAAAUAAGUUUAGCAUUAUUGCCUCACACCUCAAAGACUGAAGUUGAAUCCUGUGUGUACACGGAUCCUAUGAGUAUUCUGGGUUCCUAAAGGUCACGCAGUUUGGUCAGUUGGUUGUUCGUAGUGUAUGAUAGCCCAUGUGUGGAAUCAGCAUCCUAUGCAGAUGGUCCCUCUGCUUUGCGCUUUGCUGCCUGAGAUCCCUUUAACCCUGUGAUGUGACAUAAAUGGGUGGAUGUUGUUACAUGUAACUUUUUUUUUUUUACAAAGAAAACAAUGAACAUUUUAAAGACGCAUAGACAUACUAAUGAUGACAUUUUGAGUAAUAAUUUUUUAUGUAACUUCAGCAAUAAAUUUUCAAUUAAAA